AUGUCUGAUUCUGAUGAUAGUGUUACGGAAUUACAAGAGGAAUCUGAUAAAGCAGAAGUCAUCCAAUACUUUAGUACUAAUUAUGCCAAAGUUGUUUCGAAUUUUCAAUAGUACUAUGAGACAAGAAAUCAUAUGUCCUCAUUAGUAAUGAAAAUGAAUGCAUUCGAAAAUAAAAUAGAUGUAAUUACUAUUAAUGCAUUCAGAAAGUCAAGAAAAGCAACCUCUAUGAUAUACGUGAAAUUAGCAACAAAACAAACCUCAUUAUUAAUCUUACCAAGUUGUAAAACAUGCUACUAUAAAUGAAAAAUAAUAUCAUCCAUGGAUAGAAAUCUAUAAUGAAUAUCAAAUAGGAUAAGCAUACAGCUGCUAUUAGAGCCAUUUAGAAAUUAGACUCCAAAAAUUUACCAGAUUUUGUAUCUAAUCUCUAAUAAUUGAUAACUAAUAAAGUUUAGGUUGAAGCUAAUACAAAAAUAUAAUAAUGGGUAGAAUUAAGUAAAUAAUAAUAAAUUGAUAUGGGUUUGGGUGUGAUUUAGAAUUGUGAAUAACUAUAAAUGGUUAAUUCUUAAUUUGCAAGAAUUUCUUUAUUUUAACCUGAUAUACGAUCAAGCAUAGUUAUGAGAUAAUCAACAGUAGGUAGAGUAUCUAUGGUAAGAUAAUCAAUAGUUAGAUAAUCUGUUGUUCCAAAUCAGAAUAGAAUAUCAUUUUUUUCAUAAUUCAAAUAGUAAUAAACAUCAAAUAUGUAAGUAUCACGAUAAUCUCAAUUAAAUUAAUCAAUAAUGGAUUAAUCUUAAUAAAUGGUUAAUGAAUAAUCAUUGAUUGAACCAAGUGCCUGGGAAUUUUCAAUAGAUUAUUCAUAAUUAAAAUUACCUUAAAUGAUUUAUGAGAAUUUGAAUUAAAAAUUAAGUUUCUAUUAAUAAUUAAAAUAAAGCAGAAUAAAGUUUUUGUAAUAUGUUUGUGGAACUGAAAUAAGAUAAAGUUUAAAUGAUUUCAGAAAUUAUUUAGCUUGUAUUUUAGGAUUUGUUUUAAUGGAUUUAGAAUUGAAUAAAUCAUUUAAGGAUUAUGAGGAAAUGAAUUAAGUAGUAUUAGAAAAUGUUAAAUUAAUAGAAAAAUAAAUAAAGAAUACAUUUAUUAAUUUUGAUCUAAGAGAUUUAUUAUAAAUAAAGAAAGAGAUAUAAUUAUUUAGUGUUGCUCUAGCAAAAUUACAUCAAUAUUAAUUAUCAAAUUAAAUUAAUAAAUGUUUAAAUGAUUAAUUUUUAGUCUAUUCAAAUAGAAGAAUUGAAGAGAUAAAAAAAACAUUAACUAAAUCAAUUUAAACUGAUAAUGGAUAUCCAUUGGUUUUGUAAAAUAAAGAAUAAUUUGAUUAAUUAUGUACUAUUUUAAAAUGUCCUUAAAAUAAAAAAUUAGAAUUAACUAUUUCAUAAUUUGCAUAAGAUGCUGUUUACUAAAUUAAUUUAUUUAUUGAAGGAUCAAUUACAUAUUUAUAAUCAUUAAAUGAAUAUUUUGAUUAAAAUGUAAUUUUUUACAUGGAUACUCUCUUUAUGGCAAUAUGUGAUAUUAUUAAGAAUUAUGUAUAAUAAUGUGAUGAUUUCAUGUUAUUAGCAUAAGCUACCUUAAAUUUCAAUCAUUUAGAAUUAUCUAUUUAGUAUUAUAAGAAGAAUAUAGAGAGUUUAUUAUAAGUAACUCAAACAAAGGAAAUGGAAUGUUAAAGUCAUUUUAAAAAUACAAGGUAUUUCUGUGAGGAGGCUUUAUAAAAUGCAAUAAAUUAAAAGAUUAUACUUCCUUAGAUAGAUUGGGCUCCAUCUGCUCCAAAUAAAGGACCUCAUGAUUAUUUUAUAAUGUUAAAUGGAUAUUAUGAAGUAGCAAUUCUAUAAUUAACUUUAGAGUAUUAUUGGUACAUUAUAAUUAAUGGUUCCAUAAUUUAUAGAAUCUUCUAUUUAUCUUACAUUUAAAUACUUAAAUAAGUUAAUUUGGAAAUAAUUAUUAGAAGUUAAAGCAUUCAAUAUAAUUGGAUUAUCUAAUUUAGAAGUUGAUUUAUAGAGUUUUCUAAAGACUUGUAAUUAAUAAUUGUUUCCUGAAAGUUCUAAGGAGAUUAUUUAAUUUUUAAAUCUAUUCUUGAUUGAUGUACCAGCAUCAUAUUUAGAUAAUCAAAAAAGAUAAGCUAAUUAUUCUUAUUUGGAAGUGGCAAAAUUACUAAAAAUAUUUCCAAAAUAUAAGGUAAAAUGUAUUAUAGAUUAAAUUAGAAAGUGA